AUGGGGUGCGGUGCGAGCAAAGAAGACACCGCCGGCAAGGCAAGGAACGAUGAGAUUGAAAAUCAGCUCAAGAGGGACAAGAUGGCCCAGCGCAACGAGAUCAAAAUGCUUCUACUCGGCGCUGGUGAAUCCGGAAAAUCUACAAUCCUCAAGCAGAUGAAGCUCAUUCACGAGGGGGGCUACUCGCGAGACGAACGCGAAUCGUUCAAGGAAAUCAUCUUCUCCAACACAGUGCAGUCUAUGCGCGUAAUACUAGAGGCCAUGGAAUCCCUCGAGCUGCCUCUUGAUGACCCUCGAGCUGAAUAUCACGUCCAAACCAUCUUUAUGCAGCCUCCGCAAAUCGAAGGAGAAAGCCUUCCUCCCGAGGUUGGAGCUGCAAUCAAGGCUCUGUGGCUGGAUGCAGGAGUUCAAGAAUGCUUCAAGCGGUCAAGAGAAUACCAGCUAAACGAUUCUGCCAAAUACUAUUUCGACUCCAUCGACCGCAUCGCUGCCCACGAUUACCUUCCCAACGACCAGGACGUCCUUCGGUCUCGAGUCAAAACGACCGGUAUCACCGAGACGACAUUCAUCAUUCAGGAUCUCACCUACCGUAUGUUUGACGUCGGUGGUCAACGGUCUGAACGAAAGAAGUGGAUCCACUGUUUCGAAAAUGUCACCACAAUUCUCUUCCUAGUCGCCAUCUCGGAAUACGAUCAAUUACUCUUUGAGGACGAGACGGUCAAUCGAAUGCAGGAGGCGCUCACCCUGUUCGACAGUAUUUGCAAUUCCAGAUGGUUCAUCAAGACUAGUAUCAUCUUGUUCUUGAACAAGAUUGACAGGUUCAAGGAGAAGCUCCCCGUCAGCCCCAUGCAAAACUACUUCCCGGAUUAUGAAGGUGGCCCUGACUACGCUGCGGCGUGUGACUACAUCCUCAACAGAUUCGUGUCGCUCAAUCAAGCCGAGACGAAACAAAUCUACACGCACUUCACCUGUGCCACUGACACCACCCAGAUAAGAUUUGUCAUGGGGGCGGUCAACGAUAUCAUCAUUCAAGAGAACCUUCGAAUGUGCGGUCUCAUAUGA